AAGAUGGAGAUACAGGGAUUUUUUAUUGUUCUGCUGGUGGUUCUUCUGAUUCUUCACUUCCUGAAACAACUCUGGUCAAACAGGCAUUAUCCUCCUGGACCUCUCCAGCUUCCUCUCAUUGGAGGCAUGUGGCGGCUUGGAGUGAAGCCUCGUGUUGAUACUUUGAUUAAGCUGGCAAAGCAAUAUGGAAAUAUUUACACCAUAUGGUUAGGACAUGUACCCUUUGUAGUGCUGUCUGGAUUCCAAGCAGUGAAAGAAGCGCUCAUUGACCACUCUGAAGAAUUAGAUGAGCGACCAGAGACUCCUUUCUUUGUGGAUAUAGCAGAAGGAAAGGGUAUUGUAUUAUCAAAUGGUCACACCUGGAGGCAACAGAGACGGUUUGGUGUAGUUUCUAUGCGGAAGCUGGGACUGGGGAAGAAAGGCAUGGAGCAGCAAGUAGCAGAGGAGGCCUAUCAGCUCGUGGAGGUUUUUGCACGUUCAAAGGGACAACCACUUGACCCCUCCAUGCCCAUCACUAAUUCAGUCUCCAACGUGAUAUGUGCUGUGGCUUUUGGGCAUCGGUUUGCUCUUGAAGAUGAAAGGUUCCAGAAGUUGAUGAAAGCCAUUGAAAUUUUCCUAAAAUUUCCCGGUAGCAUCUUACAUGUUCUUUAUGAAAUGUUCCCGUGGCUCAUGAAACGUCUCCCAGGGCCCCACAAGAAGGCCUUGUCCUGCCUGGAGAUGGUGCGUUCAUUUGCAAAGGAGGAGAUAGAGAAGCAUAAGGAGAAUAUGUCUCUGCAUGAGCCACAGGAUUUCAUAGAUUUCUAUCUACUUCAGAUGGAGAAAAGCAAAAACAUCCCAGAGUCCACCUAUGAUGAAGAAAACUUGAUUCAGUGUAUUUCUGAGCUCUUCGUAGCAGGGUCGGACACAACCAGCUGUUCUCUGAAAUGGGCACUUCUUCUCCUGGCAAGUCAUCCAGAUAUCCAAGAUAAAGCCUACAAGGAGAUAGAUGAUGUCAUAGGUUCUGCUCACUCAAUCGGCUAUCAAGAUAAGAAGAAACUGCCCUACACCAAUGCUGUGAUUCAUGAAAUGCAGCGCUUUAAAUAUGCCUUUCUUUUUGGGGUUAACAGGCAAUGCACAAAGGAUGUGAAGAUUCAUGGUUUUCUCAUUCCCAAGGGGACUGGUAUUUUUCCUGAUCUGCGCUCUGUUCUUCUUGAUCCGACACGAUGGGAUACACCUGCAGAGUUCAACCCAAAUCAUUUUUUGGACAAAAAUGGACAAUUUGUGGACAGAGAAGAAUACCUGCCAUUUGGUGCAGGGGCUCGCAUCUGUUUGGGAAUGCAGCUGGCAAAGAUCGAAAUCUUCAUCUUCCUGACCAGCUUGCUGAGAAAAUUCAGCUUCCAGCUGCCAGAAGGAGUGAAAGAACUCAAUCAAGAGCCUUUACUAGGGGCUACAACACAUCCCCAUCCUUAUAAACUCUGGGUGAGAAGGCACUAUCCUCCUGGACCUCUCCAGCUUCCUCUCAUUGGAGGCAUAUGGCGGACUGGGCUUAAGCUUCAUACCCAUACUUUCAUUAAGAUGGCAAAGCAAUAUGGAAACAUUUACACCCUUUGGGCAGGAUAUCAACCCUUCAUAAUAGUGUGUGGAUUCCAAGCAGUGAAAGAAGCACUCAUUGACCACUCUGAAGAAUUUGAAGACCGACCACAGACUCCUUUCCUUAUGACUAUGACAAAAGGAAAAGGUAUUAUAUUUUCAAAUGGUCACACCUGGAGGCAACAUAGACGCUUUGGUGUAGUCACUCUGCGGAAGCUGGGACUGGGGAAGAAAGGCAUGGAGCAGCAAAUAGCAGAGGAGGCCCGUCAGCUCGUGGAGGUUUUUGCACGUUCAAAGGGACAACCACUUGACCCCUCCAUGCCCAUCGCUAAUUCAGUCUCCAACGUGAUAUGUGCUGUGGCUUUUGGGCACCGGUUUGCUCUUGAGGAUGAACAGUUCCAGAAGCUGAUAGAAGACUUGGAUUUUCUCUCAAAAUUUCUAGGAAGCUUCGUUCAUGCUCUUUAUGAAAUGCUCCCAUGGCUCAUGAAACAUCUCCCAGGGCCCCACAAGAAGGCCUUGUCCUGCAUGGAGAUGGUGCUUUCAUAUGCAAAGGAGGAGAUAGAGAAGCAUAAGGAGAAUCAGUCUCUGCAUGAUCCACAGGAUCUCAUUGAUUUCUAUCUGCUUCAGAUGGAGAAAAGCAAAAACGACCCAGAGUCCACCUAUGAUGAAGAAAACAUGGCUUAUAGUAUUUCCGUGCUCUUUGUAGCAGGGACAGACACAGCCACCACUUCUCUGAAAUGGGCACUUCUCCUCCUGGCAAGUCAUCCAGAUAUCCAAGAUAAAGUCCACAAGGAGAUAGAAGAUGCUUUAGGUUCUUCUCACACAAUCUGCUAUCAAGAUACGAAGAAGCUGCCCUACACCAAUGCUGUGAUUCAUGAAAUGCAGCGCUUUAAAUAUGUCUUAUUUAUUGGGGCUCCUAGGCAAUGUACAAAGGAUGUGAAGAUGCGUGGUUUUCUCUUUCCCAAGGGGACUGCCAUUCUUCUUGAUCUGCGCUCUGUUCUUCUUGAUCCAACACGAUGGGAGACUCCUGCAGAGUUCAACCCAAAUCAUUUCUUGGACAAGAAUGGACAAUUUGUGGACAGAGAAGAAUAUCUGCCAUUUGGUGCAGGGGCUCGCAUUUGUUUGGGAAUGCAGCUGGCAAAGAUCGAAAUCUUCAUCUUCCUGACCAGCUUGCUGAGAAAAUUCAGCUUCCAGCUGCCAGAAGGAGUGAAAGAACUCAAUCAAGAGCCUUUACUAGGGGCUACAACACAUCCCCAUCCUUAUAAACUCUGUGCUAUUCCCCGUGGCAAUGCAAACCUCUGAUUUUGUUUAAAAGCACCAUUUAACUCUCA